AAAACCGAAAGAGCGUCGAGGAGCUGGUUUGAAUCCCAGAUUUGCUUGGAAAUCUCCGCUCCGCUGAUUCCCACAACCAUUUACAGGCAUGAACGGUAGAAAAACGCAGCGAUAGGAUGCAAAGGUGCUUCUACCCGGGCACUUUCCGCUCUCUCCUGUGCCUUAUUUCUCUGUCUCUCGUGGUGCUUUACAGAUUUAACUUAAGAAACCGGGGAGGCAGGUCCAGAAGUUUUUCCAGAUCCUUCUUUGUGCAGAUUUUCUUACUGAAUGUAACCAGGCAGGAAGAAAUUCUCUGGACUAAAAAAAAAUAGACCAGACUUAACUAGGAAGACUCAGACGGGACAUUUGAGACUUUAUUUCACUUUUAGUUGUAUUAUGGUUGGACUUGUGAUCUUCUCCUUUUAUAUAAUUUUACUAUAUUUGGAUUUAUAUCAGAAUACUCCAGGAUAGGAAAGAGAUGAGCUCGUUCCUGUGUAACUCAUUGAUUUUACAUUUUACAUCGAUGUUUUGAAGACUUUGGGCCAUUCAGGCUAAUGACAGCUUAACUUAUUUUUAUUUCGGUCUCUUUUCCCACUGAAAAUAGACUUUAGAAAAAAUUCUUACUAAUAAAACUAACAUUUUACGCCUUUAUUUCCAACUUCUGUCAGGGUUAUUUUCCCAUGGAGAGCCAGGAAAGCUCUUAAAGCCCAGAGCUGCAUUUAUUGACGUGCAAGAAAACACCUCCCCGUUAAUUAGGAUUUUGAAUGUUCGGUUUGAAUUCUUAGACCCAUUUCUGUGUUCUUUUCAGAUUCAGAUUAUCAGGGAAGUCACUCAUCCGUCCCAUAAAUAUAUUUGUGCUCAGCUUAGCGCAAAAUGGUCCUUUGUUGCUGGUUUGUUUGUUGCUUUUUCUUUUUAAAACACCACAAGUCUUUGGGGAAAAUCCAAAGAGAAACGACCUUGUUUUCCAAAAUCCUGUGUUGACCGACUAAGAUUUCAAUACUUACCGCUGGGUUGCCAUCGCUUUUUAUCUCGGCUGAAAAUCUUGUUGCGUGGGCCGAGCUGCUUUUCAAUCUCCGCUGCGAAUCUGAUUCCGUUUCGUGCCGAAGUUCUUUUGUUUCGUUGUGGUUCUGGACUCCAGGAGAAACUUUCUCAUUCUUUUUUGGGUUGAAUAGACGCUUUCUGUUCCCAGGCAGUUUAGAAACUUCUCCCCCUUGGUUUCUCAUGGAUAGAUGACACCGUUUGGACACGACUUUUAAAUACCCAGCACAGUCAACUCUCUGUCUCUUGUGUAAUGUGAGAGAGUGGGAUUUAAUACCGCGGAAUCAAAAAAUGAUAAGAGAGCUGGAACCGCAAUGAUUUAUCCUUUGGAAAACUGACUUGAGGAGAGACACCAAGUCUCUUCACCCAUUUCCGAAGCCCCGAGGAGCAUCUCCUUGAAUACACAAUAAUUAGAGUUUCAGGCCAGUUCACUGAAGCAAAAAAACAUGUCAGAAAAUCCAGAUGGACCUUCCAGGACAGAACCGGAUUACAGAUAUAAAAAGGACGAGCUGUUUAAAAGACUGAAAGUGACUACUUUUGCCCAGUUGGUCAUCCAGGUCGCUUCUCUAUCUGAUGAAACCUUAGAAGUGCCAAAUGAGGAGAUCCACAAGCUGGAAGAUGGCGAUUCUGCUGCUCCAGAUGCUGAAGUCACAGCAGAGACAAACGGGAAGGGGAGCCCUGAAGGGACACCCAGUCCCGUCCUGUUCAUAGACGACUCGGGAGCUGGAGAAUCGUAUCGGUCCACGCUGCAGAGCGUGAUAAGCGGUGUUGGUGAACUGGAUAUAGAAAAAGACACUCCAAAGAAAGUGGACACUCAGGCAAAAGAGACGCCCUAUCCCGACUGCCCCUUCCUGCUUCUGGACGUACGAGACCGAGACGAAUAUGACCAGUGUCACAUUGUUGGAGCUUAUUCCUACCCUAUUGCAACACAGUCUAGAACCAUGAAUCCGUAUACCAAUAGUAUUCUGCAAUAUAAAAACGCCCAUGGCAAAAUUAUCAUUUUAUACGACAACGAUGAGAGAUUAGCCAGCCAGGCUGCGACCACCAUGUGUGAGAGGGGCUUUGAGAACGUGUUCAUGUUAUCUGGAGGCCUGAAGGUCGUUGGGCAGAAGAUCCCAGAAGGUUUAGUCACCGGUUCAAUCCCCGAGUGCUGCUACGUGGCGGCUCCCACCAGAUCCUCCCGGAAAAAGGCCCCUCCCAAAGCGCCACCUGCGCCUGCUGAAAAUAAAUGGAGAUUUUCCGCAGACGACCUACAAAAGAUAAAGCACUACCUGGAAGAGCAGCACCUUCCUUCGGACACUACCAGCCGUCUUAGCCAUGGUUCUUCAGGCCGUGAUUCCAAAGUGACGACCGUGAGGAGCAGCCCCAGCCUCUCCAGCGCCGCUGGCACCGUGGGAUCCCUCACCACUCGCUCUUUCAGCAAGAGCAGCCUCCAGAACAAGCCAUGGAAAUAAGCAGUCGUGUCUUCUUCCGCUGAAUAAACGUAUGUCCAGGUUCUGGGAACCCUGAGCAGUGCAGCCCGUUUGUCAUUUUAGGAAUUCCGCAGAGAAAAUAACCAAAAAAAGCAGCGGUGGUGAAUAAAUGGCAGCUCGGGUAAGGCUGAGGGAGCUGAAACGGUUGAUGUGUUAUAGAAGUGGGAGCGUGAUCGCUUUGGCAAGGUUGAUUUUUUAUUAGGUGCAGUGCCAGUUCAGAGUUGAUACAACUGAUUUUAAUAGGGGAGGGAGGAAACUCAUCGUAAAACCUGUGACCAGUAGAAACGGUUCUGCUGGUGUUAUAGUUCAGACAAAUUUGUGUCUGUAACAAAUACUCUCCCCGUGCUGCACCCGGAACCGCAAACUGUGCGAACAGCAGAACGCAGGUGACGGUAAAUAAGCCAGAAAUCGUCUGCAAGCAAAAACCGCCGUGUUUUGUGGCAGAGAUACAGACACUCAGCAACUCGCCAAAGCGCUGGAGAGAGGAUUCCCUACGUUUUUGAUUUCUUUUAAUUUAUGUGAAUGAACUGAAGUAUUUGUAAUAAAGAUUUGGAAACAA